CAAUCUUUAAAAAAAGUUUCUAAUCCAAAAUGUACAUUAGCUAUAAUUUUUGUACUUAUUUAUUCCUUAAAUGUUAUUUAUAACUUUACACAUAUGCCAUUGUCAUGGGACAUGAAAGUCAGACGUAACUUGUUUUCACUCUGUGAACUUCUAUGAAAGCAAAUGAAAGGUCGUAAGAAUUCACUUCAAGGAACAAGAAGGCAAAGGAUGAAAAAGAGGACUAGAUGGAUUGGAGAUGGAGGAACGCGAGGGCGAGAGAACAGCGAGUCAUUGUGCUAGUACACCAGGCACUGGGAGACACACUCAGGACACAUUAACGCAUUCACACACUGACACGAACGCGCAGAUAAGCGCGUGCUUCUGCCCACCGCUGCACAGACCCGAGCUGACAUCCCAGAGGGCAGCACUUCACUCCUGUCCUUGCCACUGAAACUUACAACCGAAGUUACAUUCACUCAAGCUGAGCCUCUUCAGAGGUCUGAAUCUAUAGGUCUAACAUCCAUCACAGGUUUAUGGCAUUUCGGGUCAAGCUCUGCAUCCAGAUCGAAGGUACCCAACCCGAGAAGGUGGAGGACUAGCAGAUUGUGCAAGGAGUUAAACUUCAGAGACCCUGUUGACGUCCAUCAGGUCCACUUGUCAGUCUACACUCUUCCUUUAUCGGAUCUCACGUUGGAAGUUUCCGCAUUUCUCGCCGACGUUGAAGUGUAUCUAAGGUUUCUGUCUCUGCCAUCCAUCAAACGCUUCCAAGUGAUCAUUCUUGGAAAAGAUUAAUCAUGGCAACAACCGGCAUGCAGCUUCUCGGCCUGGUCCUGUCAAUCAUAGGCUGGGUGGGCGGGUUCCUGGUGUGCACCCUGCCCAUGUGGAGGGUCACGGCCUUCAUCGGAAACAACAUUGUAACGGCGCAGAUCACAUGGGAGGGCCUGUGGAUGAAUUGCAUCUGGCAGAGCACAGGGGAGAUUCAGUGCAAGGUGUAUGACAGCCUGCUGGCUCUUCCUAGUGAUAUGAAGGCCGCCCGGGGUCUGACGGUUCUCGCUUUGCUCAUCUGCACCCUGGCGCUCACGCUGGGUGUUCUGGGUAUCAAGUGCACCGAGUGCGUGGGCCUCCCAAGCCUCAAGGCGCGUUUGGCACGAGUGUCCGGCGUGCUAUUUUUCAUCGCGGGGUUCCUCAUUCUCAUACCCGUCUGCUGGACGGCUCAUUCCAUCAUCAGGGAUUUCUAUGACCCCUAUGUGGCAGCUCCUCACAAACGUGAGCUCGGCCCCGCGCUCUACCUGGGCUGGGGGGGUUCGGCUUUGCUGUUGAUCGGUGGAUCGCUCCUCUACACAGGGUCCAGUCCCCCUGGGAUUCCCUCUUCUCCUACAUUUAGCAGCGACGAGAGCGGCCCACGUCGAGCGGGCGGAGCAGCCCAGGUCAAGGGUUAUGUUUAAUGACCAGCCGCAACAGGCCAGUCCCCGAAAGCCUUCUCUGCUAGAGUUUCCCAUUGUGAUAGAUUCAAGUUAAUUUUAAUCUAUUUUUUAUCAUUCAGAAUAUUUCUGUAGUCUGAUGGAGGUAGUGAAUAGAAAUGUGAAAUCAAGUGCCCUUGCCACCUCUAAUGUCCACUUAUAAGUCUGUCUUUCUCUGUAUUUGACUGUUAUGUUAUUCAAUAAUAAAACCUUAAAUCCUU